AUGGCGACCACGGGCUACAGCGGCUUCUACACCGGCCUCGAUGCCAAAGGCCGCUGUGCCGUCGCGGGAGUCGCCGCCAACGUCGGCGUCGGCCAGUCUGUGGCGCAGACCCGCACGGGCCUCCGCCUCAAAGCUGUCGCGCCCACACAGACGCCGCAGCCUGCCCGGGCGCCACCUGCUGUGCCGCCCCACAUCUUCCUCAAGCACCCACUCGAGCUAGAGGUCAUGAGCGCAGCCAAACUUUGGCAGCUAGCCCAGCACCUCCAAUCGAUGGGAGGAGGGACCUUGCCGGUCCUACCCUCGCACCGCCAAGAAUUGGAAGAGUGGGUCCUGAAGGCCCAGCAGAUCUUGGGGGCCACACCCGGCACCCAAGCUGCGGGCGCUCCUUCCGAACUCGGCCGGGCGGCACAAGGUGGAUUCCGCCCGGACAGCGUGGAGCUGAAGCUUCCCAAAGGCGGCAACGUCCGGGAGGAAUUUCGUGAGGCGCGGAAGCUCCGGCAGCGGCAGCGGCAGGCAGCCCUGGGCGGCACCCCAGCAGCGGGUCAAGAUGAUGCCACCCACUUCACACCCACUUCGUGGGCCAUCGCUGGCCACUUUGAGGAGGGGCUGGCUGCCCAGCGCGCUGAGGCGCGCCUCCAGCGCCAGCGCGCCGUGCAGCAUGGGCUUGCAGGAAAUGGCGGUGUUCUACCAUACCCUAAGGGUCCAUGUACCUAA